AUGGCUUUCAUCGGGUCUGGCGAGUUUGAGGACAAGAUCACUCAUCUGCAGAAGCAGCUCAGCCUCAAAGACCAUGAACUCAACUCGAUCAAGAAUGAGCAACUGAAGAGACAGGAGGAACUAGCCGAGGCCAAGAAGGCCAUGGAGACUGCAGAGUCCCAGCUGCACGAGGAAGCGGACCGGGCACUGAAGGCUAAGAACCAGCUGGUGUGCAACGAGAUGGAAAUAUCGCAGCUGAAAUUAAAUCUGUCAAAUCUGGAAACCAGUCUCGGGACGACCUCUGAGAAGUUGAAGGAGGAGAAGGAGAAGGAUAGAGUACAAGAUGCCUUGGAUGACGCCUUAUCAAGAGGGUUGGACCGCGCGGCGGACCAGAUCAGUAGUCAACAAUUGCUAAUCAAGCAGCUGGAGGACAAUGUUAGGAAUUCUGAGCAGGAAGCUGAGAGACUUCGAGCUCAGGGGUCGUCGGGGGGCUCUAACGGAUCAGACGAGCCAUUGAACUACCGAGAACGAAUUCGACUCAUGUCCUUGCAGAAUGAGAAUGCCGAGCUCAAAACCCAGCUUGAGAACAUGUCAUCGGCCAUCCCUUCGACGUCGCAAUCCUCAAUACCAUCUUCCCCUGUCAAGAAAAAGUCUCGUCGCUCUCUCUCCUUGCCCGUAUCCGACAUCCGUGCCCUGGAGGGCCAGGUUGGCUCUCUCAAAACACAACUAGCCAAUACCAAGCGCGGAUAUGACCAAGCAGUCAAUGAGAAGCUCGCGUUAGAGCACGCUACCAAGAAGAAUGUCGCAAGACUCAAGGAGGAUCUGGAGGAAGCUCGAAGAGAAGUCGCAUACUACCGUGCUUCUAAUGGGGGCGUCGAUGUCAAACAGGUGGAGGAGCUCAAGACGGCUGCCCAACGAGUUCGUGAGGAGAAGGAGGACCUGGCAAGGAAGCUAUCGGAGAAGGAGGGGGAGGUCAAGAGACAGCUUGGAGAAACCGCGCGACCAGAGGGCGAAGCGCAUCUGCUCGAGUCUCUCAGGGCUGAGCUGGACGACGAGCGACAGGCUAGACAAAAGCUUGAAGCAGCCAAUGCCGAUCAACCCGCGUCCGAAACCAACUCCUCUCUUGAAAAGGUCAGCGCUCUUGAGGCAGAGCUGGCCAAGGUCAAAGCUGCCACCAACACAACUUCUCGUUCUGGCGAUCCCGAACUCCGCCAGGUCCGACGUGAUCUUCAAAAGGCACUUCGUGACAGAGACUAUCUGGAUUCACUUGUCAAGGAGAAUGACGAGCUGCUGGCGGAGAAGGACGAGGAGAUCUCGAGGAUGCGGGCUGCUAUCCCCAUUCCGGGGUCUCCAGUUCUCGGGGCACAGGGUGAUUCGAGCAGAGUAGCAGAAUUGGAGGAAGAGAAGGCUGGCUUGUUGAUUGAUCUGGAAAAGCAGGUCGAAUAUCACGCACAGGAGAUCGCAGCCAUCGAAACAAAGUUGUCUGUCACGAUGAGCGAACUUGACCAUGUCAAGGCCGCAGAGACCGAGGCAAGGCAAAAGUUUGAAGAGGGGCAGACCAAGAUAACUGAGCUCCAGGAUGGCCGCCAGGAGGUGUCAAUAGCUCUUGAGCAAGCUCGAGCUCACCUUGCCUCCAGGGAGACCGUGGCAAAGCAGCUCACUCAACAGCUGACCGAGACUCAUUCCGCUUUGGGCGAGAAACAAGCGGCUCUCGCAUCCGCCGAACAAGAGGCCCAAGACAUUCUCGAUCGCCUCUCGAAAGCCCGGACCGCACUUGCUGAAAAGCAGAACGAUUUCGAUCAAGCUCAACGGCAGCGUGAUGAUCUUCAGACUGUCCUGGACUCACGGUCUUAUGACGACGCCGAAUAUGAAGCUCUGAGAGUCAGCUUCCAACAAGCACAAGAUGCCCUCGAAGAGGUCACUCAUGGUCUAGAGAAGGCGGAAUCUGAAAACAGGGAGCUCAAUGAUCGAGUAGCCGAAUCUCAAGACGAGAUCGCAUCUAUACAGAACCAGCUUCAAGAGACUGUCGCUCAUUUGGAAAGCUCAAAAGCUGAUUCCCACCAGACUGUCUCUGAGCUCGAGCAAGCCAGCAGAAAGAACCACGAGCUCGAAAUCCGCAUCUGGGAGCUUGAUGCUAAGCUGCGAGAAACCUCCCAGGCGGCGACUCUGUCUACUGCCAAGGUCGACGAGAGCAACAUCAGACAUGAGGCGUCUCCCGCGGCUGCUGAAGCUGGGGCUACUGAACUCAAUCAACGAGUCAAAGAACUUCAGUCUUCACUCCAAUCUGCUUCAAAAACCUCGCCCCAGAAUUCUGUUAACCUUGCCGACACAAAGGAGAUCGUGGAGAAACUCGGCCGCCUCCGUGCUGAGCGCGACGAUCUUCGCCACAAUCUCUCAUUUGUUCAGAACGAGUGCCACUUUGCUGUGCGAGCUGCAAACUCUGAGAGAGAUGAAGUUGUAAAGGAAGUCCAACGACACAAGGAGAAUCUCCGAAAAAGCAAGGCGACGUGUAAAAAGUUGGAAGAGGAGAUUGGCAGGCUUCGUAUCGCGGAACAAGACAAGCAGACUGAGCUCGAUGGAGCUUCAUCGACCUUCGCGAAUGACAAGAAACAGCUUGACGAACAUAUUGUCAACUUGGAGAACAGUCUCGCUGCUGCACAAGCAGACGCCGCAGCGCUCAACUCCAGGGUUGCCGAGCUCAAGUCAAACCUUCAGACGCGCGAAGACGUCCUCAAACUCACCGAGGCCAAAGCCGAGUCCUUGCAAACGGAGCUCACCAACGUUCUGCACCAUGUUGCGCAAAGCAGGAAGCUCAGCGAUCGUCCGGAAUCCCGUGCUUCUUCGACAGUCGCAAGCGAAGAUGGAGACUUGCCUGACGAUCUGGCGAGCGCUGUCCCGGCUGAGAGUAGAAGAUUAUCCCAUCAACGUUCUAGAUCUGGGGUUCUGCCGAAUGUACUUAUGGAGAGGACCCUGCAGGACAAGAUUGAGCGAAGAGAUGUGAGGAUUACCGUGCUCACCAAUGAUCUCAAAAAGGCUAAAUCCAACCUCGCCCUUCUUGAGUCAGCCCAGGAAGAGACCAUCGCAGAGAACGCAGAGCUCGAAGAGGAGUGUGGUACACUUCAGAAACAGCUGGAUACCGAAGCGCAAAGCUCAGCUGAAGACGCCCGAGGUCUUGUCUUGGCGCUUGCCACCUACCGACAGCAGCUUCAUGGUGCUGAACUUCGUUGGUCUGUCGCCCAAGACGUCCUGGCUAAAGCACAGGAAGCAGCCCAGGUUCUGCGAUCUACCGCCGCCGCGGACCGAAAGGCCUCAUUUGAACAAGAGGCGCGAAUCACGGCGCUGGAAGCUACCCAUGCAAUCACAAGCACUGCUUUGGCGACUGCCAGGUCAGAACACGAGUCUGCUCGAGCAGAGCUUGAAAGUUUCAGAGAGGCGAACGAACAUCUCCAAACCCGCAUCGCGGAAAGUGAGCAAGCUGGUGUCGUUGCUACCGACAGUGCCGAUAGACUGGCCAUUUUGGGGUCUCGUCUUUCUGAGAAGGAAGAACGUCUGCGCGACCUCUCCACCCGAAACGACGGCCUCACUGCUAAGCUUGAACUCAUGCUCAAGACCGAAAAGGAGGCUGUCUCGCAGGUUGCUGAGAAGGAAGAGGAGAUCAGCGCUCUUACUGGGAGAAUUGAGGAACUGAGUCUGGGCGUUGCCGACGCCCAAUCAGCGGCAGCCUCCAUUGGGUCAGAGAAAGAUCGUUUGCUUGAAGAGCUGGCUGAGGCUGAGAUGGCUUCCAGCGAAAGCUUGGCGAAUAUCGAAACCCAGAAGUCUAUUGCUCAAGAUAGAGCCAGCAAAGCCGAGGAAGAGCUUGCCAAGGUCAAUCAACAACUUGACCAGAGAAACAAAGAACUCGCACUGGCUAUCGCCACCUCCGAGACACUUUCUGCCGAACUUCAGGCGGAAAAGUCUCGUUCCGCUGAAAACACCGUCAACAUUGAUCAACAGCAAAGCACAGUCGACCAGCUCCGAGCCGAGAUCUCUUCCGCUCUAGAGGCCUCCAAGACUGUCGAAGCGGAGCGAGACGCUCUUCGCACCCAAAUGUGCGAGCUUCAAGCUCAAGUGUCAGAAGAUGAAGGGACUGCACAAGCUGCCGCCCGUGCUGAAGAACGGCUCGCAGUGGAGACCGAGAGUGCCCGGAGGAACAUCAAGGAGCUGACUGAGCUUCUCGAGAAGGCUGUGGCAGAAAAGGAGGAGUUGUCCCAGCAAUCAAAAAGUGUGGAUCAGAUUAGGGAGGCAGCCCAAAAAGAGUUGGCCGAGAGUCGCAGCGAGAUUACCAGAUUGUCAGCCGAGCGUCAAGUCAGCGAAGACAAACUCAGCAAUGUCAGGAUCCGCUCGGACGAAGCGUUGCAAAGAGCAGAGGCAUUGGAAGCUAGUUUAGCAUCUCUGAAAGAUGAGAAUGAGAAGCUCAAGGGCGAUCUCGCUCAGGCGAUGACUGUAUCUUCAACCCCAGUUGUUGAUGAACAGCUUGUCAUCGACUUGAGAGAGCGAGUAGACGAUUUGGAGGUUGCUCUUACUCAAAAGAACAAGGAGGUCGACGAAGCCGACGAUCAGACUCGAGAAGCUUUCAAGGCCAAGGCCAAACUUGAGAGGAAAAUUGGCAAACUCACUCGACAGCUUGAGCAGGCCCAGACGGAUGUCAACACGGCCAUGAACAAGCUCUUGAGUAGCAGACCAAUCGCUCCCUCUCCUGCCAAGCGAGCAUCUGCCCCUGUCCCGGUACCUUCACGUACAUCCAUGCCCCCCGCGCCUACUACAGCUCAAGCAGCACCUGCCCCAGUCUCUCGAACACCCCGAGCGAUCCUUCCUAAUAUCUUUUCGCCCCCCGCUGCACCUGGCUCUGGUCACAAGCGCUCUCGAGAAAACGACGAUGCGGAGGCGAUUAGGCCCGUAGAGGCCAUCAUGCUUCCGGCCUCUUCAAACAUCAUCUCCCCUCGCAAAGCCCUGGGCUCUAAAUCGAGUUUUACACCUCAGCGAGGCGGGGCUUUUGCCCCACUAAGUGCUAGAUUGGGGGUGAACGGGAACGUGACGGCUGAGAAACCGGUGAUUGGGGAGAUGAAGAAGUCAGUGGACAUGGGGAGAAACAUCUUUGCAAAGCCUUCGCCCGUGACGACCGAGCCUGCCAAGCGGUCAGCCUUCCCUCUGCCCCCUUCUCGAACACCGUUUAAUACGACGCGUCGCAACGCCUCAUGA